CUGACGGUGGUUUCCAGGGAAACUGGAAAUGUGAAGCUUUUUCAAUAGACACAGGCAGAGCUUAAAGAGCCAGGUUUGCCUAAGAUAGAUUCUUCUAGAGACAAACCUGUAGCCGCUGCAAUCACUAUCAAUCACUGGGAGAGAUAUACGGACAGAUGUGAGUCUGGAUCAGCGCUGAGAUUUGUGAUGUUUGACCCGAAUCUGACAGAGAGCUAUGGAGAGACUUCAGUCUGACUUGGACUGCUGAGACAGAAUGGGAAGUCUAAAAGACGAAAUGAGAGGACUGACAGAGGACCACAAGCAGUGUGAGAGGGCAGAUGAUGGAGAGUAUCCAGGCAGCUCAGAUGGCAGCGCUGAGCCUGAGGGACCUCAGAUAAACACGAGUCAAGAGUCAUCAACACAACAGAGCUAUCAGCCAAAACUCCACACAAACACCGACUGCGGUGGAGAGGAAAUACACAGGGGUCCCAUUUCUAAAGAUGAGGAGGAUUCAGGAGGGGUUUGUGACAACACUGACCAAUCAGACUCUACAGAGGUUAAAGACUUUUUGCAGACCGACGCAAUCAGUCUGACACAACAGUCUGAAGCAACAAAAGAUACACAAAACAACACAACCAUCACCAAAAAGAGCCUGACUGAUGGAGAGGGAGAUGAUACAAUUCAGGUGGAUAAAAUCAUGUGUCCAGACGAAGAGGAAGAAGCGAACAGAAUUGAGAACAUCACUAUUCCUGUACCUCCAACCCCAGGACCCUGUGAGCCCUGCACCCCAGCACCCUUUGGCCAACACCACAUGCGCACACAGGUCAGCCUGGAGGUAGUCCAGUGUCACUCUGCGGCCACCAGCCCCAUGACGCCUCCUGAGGGCGGCAAUUCCUUCUUCUUCCCAAGCUCUUUUGGGAGACCUGGAGCUGUGGGUGCUGACACUAAAGAUGCAGACCUACAGGUGGGCAAACAGGUGGAGUUCUGCUCGGUUGCUACCUCCCCUAUGACCCCAAAGACGCCAUCGACAACAGCUUUCCCAGAGCUGACCGGGAGGGAGACGGUGCAGAGAGGGGAGGAGAGGGUGAAACAAUGCUCCGUUGCUACUUCUCCCAUGACCCCAAAGACGCCUGCCACAACAGCUUUCCCAGAGCUGACCGGGAGGGAGACAGUGCAGAAGAAGAAGGAGACGGGGAAGCAGAGUAAGGGGUCAGAGGUGGAAGGGAGUCUCUCUUUGAUCAAAAGUCAAGCAGAGGCUGAGUCAGAGAAGACAGAAGCGUUAGAGUUAAGCACAUCAAAGGAGCAGCGUGAAGGCUUCAGCUCAAAUGCAUCUCAAGUGAGCUCCUCGUGCUGCCCUACUGUUGUGUCGACAGAUUCAAGAGGAAUCACUAAAGACAGUAAGCAGCAGAGGAUGGGAAGUAUGGAUCAAGACAUUACUAUCGUGGUGACCCACCAUGACCACAGCGAGGAAGACGAUGAGAAGCCUGAGUCGUCUGCUUGUCCCGUGGAGAAAGAGAUGAUUGAUGAACGUGAGGAAAUCAGUGGAAACAAUGACAGAAGAGAGGAUGAAAAGGAAAAUGUCCCUACAGAUGCUCAUGGUCAUGCAGAGGAUGACUCACCCUCACCACACAAAAAAACCGCAGAGCCCGCGGUUUCUGCUUGUGAUGAAGUCAAAACACACCUGAACUGUGAAAAUUCAGGAGUCAGAGACGCCAAAGUCACGAGUGAAGAUGUGAAAGAGGUGUCUUCGUCGAAACCUCCCGUCCCUGAAUCUCCUGCUCCUUUCGGCUGCCACAACAUCCGCACGCAGGUGAGCCUGGAGGUGGUGCAGUGUCAGUCUGCAGCGACCAGCCCCAUGACUCCACCUGAGGGGGGCCAGGCCUUCUGCUUCCCCAGCUCCAGUUUGAGAUGUGGAGCUGUGGGUGCAGAGACUAAAGACGCCGAGCUGCAGGUGGGUCACCAGGUGGAGUAUCGCUCCGUGGCUACAGCACCCAUGACCCCAAGAACACCAGUCGCAACAUCUUUCCCCGAGGUCAGGAAAGAAACCAGCCUGGAGGAGAAGAUAGUGGAGGAGGAAGAGGAGAAAAAGGAAGACAUGGAGGAUGAGAAUAAGAUGAAAGAAGAGGACACGAAGGAGGAAAGCAACUGCAAUGAGAAAAGUGAGGAGCCAGUGCAGGAGGUGAGCUGGGAUGAGAAAGGCAUGACAUGGGAGGUGUAUGGGGCGGUGGUGGAGGUGACUGUGUUGGGCUCGGCCAUCCAGAAACAUCUGGAGAAGCAGGUGAAGAAGCAGAAGCAUCAGCCCUCCAUGCCUCCCCCUCCCCCGCUCAACCUGUCGGCAAUGCCCCUCAACUCAGAGGGCUCGGGUAAAGGCAAGAGGGGAGAACAGGAUGGGGAGAUGGGCCGACGUAGGAGAAACCCCUUCCGUCAGCUGAUGGAGAACAUGCAGCAGCCACAUUGCUGCACAAGAGCUCACAGCGCUGAGUGA